UGCAUCUCUCUGACUUUUUAAACUUCCUCCUAGAUUUCUGAAUCGUCUUCUCUUCUCAAUCUCCAAGAAGCCAUGAAAGGGUAAAAAGGAUCUUCCCAGAAAACCCUUUCUCAGCUUCUCGGAGCCCUCACCAUUCUCCUUUCUUGUUCCACACGAAACCCUACAAAAAUCAAAGACAUGGAUCCAACAGAGCUCAAACGCGUGUUCCAAAUGUUCGACAAGAACGGUGACGGUUCCAUCACCAAUAAAGAGCUGAGCGAGACGCUGCGAACCCUCGGGAUCUACAUCCCCGACAAGGAGCUGACGCAAAUGAUCGAGAAGAUAGACGUGAACGGCGACGGGUGCGUGGACAUAGACGAGUUCAAGGAGCUUUACAAGACGAUCAUGGAAGGGGAAGAGGAGGAAGAAGAGGACAUGAAGGAAGCGUUCAAUGUGUUUGAUCAGAACGGAGAUGGGUUCAUAACGGUGGAUGAGUUGAAGGCGGUUUUGUCGUCCUUGGGGCUCAAGCAAGGGAAGACGUUAGAUGAUUGUAAGAAGAUGAUUAUGCAAGUGGAUGGAGAUGGUGAUGGUAGAGUUAACUUCAAGGAGUUUAGACAAAUGAUGAAAGGAGGUGGUUUUAGCGCUUUGGGCUAAUGUUUUUCUUUUCAUUAUUGUGUUUCUUUCUUCUUCUUGAUUUAAUUAUAUUGUUUUAGGGAAUGAAAAACACAAGAGAAAAAAAAAAACAAAUGUUCUCUAUUGUUUCUUCCGGCAUUAUAGCAUUGUCUUCGGAAUAUGUUACCGUGAUAACAUGUGUAACAAUGUGGAUCAAAGACAUUUGGUUGUGCU